UUUCCUCUUUGCUCAAGGUCCUUUUGACAUUCCUUGUUUCCAACGGUAUUUUGGAUAAAUAUGUAAAUAGUAAACAGAGUAGGUCAGUAGUCAGAAAUUUUAAUUGUAAUAGUGAUGUUUAAUUUGAGAAUAUUGAAAUUAUUUUUUGUUUUGGUGUUAUUUGGUAUUGCAUUAGUGAUCGUCUUCUUAUUAUUUUUUCUCGAUAACAGUACACAUUUGCGAGAUAUUGGUGCACAGGAAGAAGUUAACAAGAAAUUGCUUUCUGGAAGUGUUUAUAUUGAUCGCCUUGAACACUUGAAUUUGAUGUGCAGACAUUUCAAUCAUUCUGAGCCUGAUGAUUUUAAUACACUAAUAGAAAAUCGGUAUCUUUUGGAUCAUAUUGUUGUUGAUACAAAACACCAGCUCCUGUAUUGUUAUGUACCUAAGGUUGCUUGUACAAAUUGGAAAAGACUGUUCAUGAUCCUCACUGGAGCUACUAAUACAACAAAUGUUCUCUCCAUUCCUGCAACUAAAGCUCAUAACAGGCUCUCUCUUUUAACUUUGAGCAAUUUUACUUAUACAGAAAUCAAGUACUUAUUGAGUACUUACACUAAAUUUCUUUUUGUUAGACAUCCUUUUGAGAGACUUCUUUCUGCUUUUAGAAAUAAACUAGAAUACAAAUACAAUCGAUCCAUGUAUUUUCACAAUCGGUUUGGAAAAUAUAUAGUCAAGAAUUACAGAACAAAACCAAAUAAUGCCUCAAAUGGAGAUGAUGUUACUUUUGCUGAAUUCACAGCAUAUUUAGCCAAAUCUGAGAGUGAAGUUUUUAAUGAACAUUGGAAACCCAUACACCAUCUUUGUGAACCCUGUCGAAUUAAAUAUCACUUUAUUGGAAAAUAUGAAACUCUAUUAUCCGAUUCAAAUUUUAUCUUAAAAAGUAUUGGUGUAUCUGAUGUUCGCUUUCCUUUUAAUGUAAAAACAGCUUCUACCUCUAAUAAAUUGAAGAAGUAUUUUUCAAUGCUAUCUCCUAGUCGAAUAAAAGAUUUAUAUAAUAUUUAUGAAAUUGACUUUAAAUUAUUUCAAUACAAUUUACAAGAUUUGCUCGGCUAUGAAGUUGGAUAGAAAAGUUGAAUAUUGAUGGUAAUUAGUAGCCAGACCUUGUAGUCUUUGCAUAUUAGUCAUAAUUUAAGGAACCAAAGGGUUAGUCUAAAGGGAUUAAAAAGGAAAUUGAAAGACUAUAGAUUUCUCAUAGAGGGUAUUUAUUAUUACAAUCUGUGAUUCAAAGAAUUUUUUUCUGAGGAACUAUUUUCAUAUAGUAGUUAGAUGCUUUAGUUAUUUGUUAUAUUUUUGAUUUGUCAACCGACAAGGCCCCUUAAACAUCUUCUUUUAGCAAUUAUUUUGUUUUAUUAUAUUGUUUCCCACAUUCCCAUAAAUUGUCGAUCUAUUUCCAUGAAUCUCAGUUUUUGGGUGCCUUUCGUUAGUUCUAAUUAUUAUUUUUAUUAUACAAUAAUACAGUUUAGGCAAGAUAAUUUCUAUUAUAAUUCUUAUUUCAAAUAUUUG